CCAAGCAAGUUAAGCAACGAGCUACAUCUCCUACUGAGACUCUGUCUUUGUCUCUCUCCUUUAACCCCGCCCUUCUCUCUCCUUCUCUUUCUCUCUCAUUUUUGCUUCUCUUCAUCUUUCUCUCCCCCGAGUCUACUCACUGUCUCUGUCAAUGGACAAGCAGCAGCACCACCACCAGCAGCAACAGCUGUCUUUGGCAAAGAGUUCCAGGCAGCGUUACAAUGAAUGGAUAUUUCGGGAUGUUCCAAGUGAUAUCACUAUAGAAGUGAAUGGAGGGACAUUUGCUCUACACAAGUUUCCUCUUGUCUCUCGAAGUGGGCGAAUCCGAAAGCUAGUUGCAGAAAAUAGGGAUUCUGACAUCUCAAGGGUGGAGCUUCUUAAUCUACCUGGAGGUGCUGAGUCAUUUGAGUUGGCAGCAAAAUUCUGUUAUGGCAUUAACUUUGAAAUUACAUCCUUAAACGUGGCUCAGCUCUGUUGUGUUUCUGAUUACCUUGAAAUGACUGAGGAGUUUUCAAAAGAUAAUCUUGGUUCACGCGCUGAAGAGUACCUUGAAAGUAUCGUUUGCAAGAACCUCGAGAUGUGUGUUGAAGUUUUGCAACAAUGUGAAAACCUACUUCCUCUUGCAGAUGAGCUGAAAAUAGUUAGCCGUUGCAUAGAUGCAAUAGCCUCAAAGGCUUGUGCAGAGCAAAUUGCUUCAAGCUUCUCCCGCUUAGAAUACAGCAGUUCAGGUAGACUUCAUAUGAACAGGCAAGCCAAAUGUGAGGGAGACUGGUGGAUAGAAGAUCUUUCUGUUAUUCGAAUUGAUUUGUAUCAAAGAGUCAUGACAGCUAUGAAAUGUCGUGGUGUCCGUCCUGAGAGUAUUGGCGCAUCCCUUGUAAAUUAUGCCCAGAAGGAGCUCACAAAGAAAUCCAGUUUGUGGAAUCCAUCUGGCCAGACAAAAGUUGAUUUGGUUUCUACUGGGCAUGAACGACUUGUGGUUGAGACAGUUGUCAGCCUUUUACCUGUUGAGAAACUUGCUGUUCCUAUCAGUUUCCUCUUUGGACUUCUUAGAAGUGCAGUGAUGCUUGAUUGCACUAUAGCUUGCAGGCUUGAUCUAGAGAGGAGGAUUGGGUCCCAGUUGGAUAUUGCAACUCUUGAUGACCUUUUGAUCCCAUCUUUUCGGCAUGCAGGUGACACUCUAUUUGAUGUUGAUACAGUUCAGAGGAUAUUGGUAAACUUUUCACAGCAAGAUGAUAGUGAAGAUGAUAUGGAUGAUGCGUCUGUUUUUGAAUCUGAUAGUCUUCAUUCACCAUCCCAAAGUUCAUUGUUUAAAGUAGCAAAAUUAGUGGACAAUUAUCUUGCCGAAAUUGCUCCUGAUGCAAACCUCAAGCUUGCAAAGUUUAUGGCAAUUGCAGAGACUUUACCUACACAUGCUCGUACUAUCCAUGAUGGGCUAUAUCGAGCCACUGAUAUUUACCUGAAAGCUCAUCAGGGUUUACCAGAUGCAGACAGGAAGAAGCUCUGCAAACUGAUUGAUUUCCAAAAGCUCUCACAGGAAGCUGGUGCACAUGCUGCACAAAAUGAACGCCUUCCCCUCCAAUCAAUAGUCCAAGUUCUUUAUUUUGAGCAAUUAAGGCUACGAAAUGCUUUGUGCUGCUCUUAUGCUGACGAUGACCACAAGCCAGUGCAUCACCAGUCAUGGCGGAUCAGCAGUGGUGCACUCAGUGCAGCAAUGUCUCCAAGAGACAACUAUGCAUCUUUGAGGCGAGAAAAUCGAGAGCUAAAACUUGAGCUUGCUCGGCUGCGGAUGAGAUUAAAUGACCUAGAGAAAGAACAUGUUUGUAUGAAGAGGGAUAUGGCAAAGUCUCAUUCUCGUAAAUUUAUGAGUUCUUUCUCAAAGAAAAUUGGUAAACUAAGCUUCUUUGGACAUAGUUCCUCUAGAGGAUCAAGUUCUCCAUCGAGGCAGUCCUACAGAACAGAUUCUAAGGUGAUUGAGAGGACAUGUGCAAGCACUGAUUAGGUAAUUAAAAUUACAUGGAUUCUUUUCCCUGUAUUUGUUGAGAUAGGCCAUGGUUUUGGUGACCUUUUAUGUUAAUGUUUUUUAACCUUUUCUUUCGACCACGCUGUAUAUGAGUUGUGAUGCUUUGAGUUAGCAAGAGUCAAGAGUGGGGGCUCUUCUCUUAUUGCAAGUUAUGGUCUCUGUAGAAAACAGCUCUGAUAUAGUUUGAAAUUUACCUGAAGAAUUUAUUGUUCACA